AUUGCACCGUACGGCACCACGUACGUAUCAUCACAAUUCACGUUUUGGUCUAUUACAAACCAAAGUUAUGACGUGGACGUAAACACGGCAGCGCUGAUUUGAUGUUGUUGUGCUCACUCAUUACAAGACUAAAAAAGGUUGCGGAAAAGGGUAGAUCUAUACGUUCUGAUCUUAGACUCUUUAGAGGUCAAUAUAUUGUAUUGUCGUUUUUGUAUCAACGAGCCGAGCUGAGGAAACCACAUCAUGGCUGAUUGUAGUGACAGUGAUGCUGAAGUUACAUUUGAAAGUGCAGACGAAGGUGAACAGGAUGAAAUUGUUGAGGAGAAAAAAGAUGACAAUGAUGCUUCCAAACCAGUACCAUCUCAGUCACAGGACAAUGAAAGUGUUGCAAGUGCUACACAGAAAGAAAGUGAACAUAGCUCCAGAACAGAAGUACCUGUUGAUGAAUCAAGAACUAAAAGUGAAGAAAGCAUGGAAGAGCCAUAUGUGAGCAAACAAGAGAAUGGAAAGGAUGGUGAAGGAAUGGAGCAUGAUGUCAACAAAACUGAAAGUAGAACUGACUUAUUGGAUGAAACAGGGGGAGGAGAUGCAAAGGAAACUGUCAAGACUGAUGAUGGCAAUGAAACAGAGGGAACUCCAGGAAAAGAAAAAGAACAGAAGGAGCCAGAGGGAGAAGAGAUCAUAAAUCGAGGAGCUUCUUCUGGACAAGAGGAUACAGAGACCGAUGCUAAAGCAGGCAAGGCCCCAGAGAAUGCUUCUAGUGCAUCAGGUGGCGGUUGGGGAUGGGGUGGAUGGGGGACAUCCCUUCUCUCUUCUGCUGCUGCAACAGUCACCAAGGUCUCUGAUAAUGUUGGAAAGGGUCUCACUCAAGUCAUGGAGAAUGUUGAGACAUCAUUGGGUGUACCAAAGCCAGAGGAACUCGGAGAGAUUGAGAAGGAGGAAGCAAAGAAAAUGGCCAAGGAGAAAGAAGAACAAUCAGCCAAGCCAGAUGAAGGGGACCAAGAAAUAAAAGAGGGAGAAUGUUCAGAGGAUAAGAGAGAAGGAAAAGAGGAAGACGUGAACGAAGGUGCUGGUAUUGGUAGUUUCUUCUCUUCAGGUGCAUCAGUCUUCACCAGUGCCAUGGGCAAGACGGUGAGUGGUGGCCUUGAUGCCCUUGAGAUGAUUGGACGUAAGACAAUGGACAUCCUCCAAGAAGGUGACCCAAGAUUAGAGAAGAAAAGAGGAAUGAUUAUUCCAAAAAGAGAGAAAAGUAACCUGUCAGAGGUUUUAAGACAAGCCAAGAAAGAUGCAGAAGAAGAGGCUGCUAGGAGACAGGAGGAAGAAGAACAUCAGAAGUACAACUUUAGCUUUCUCUUUGAUCAAUAUCAAGGUCUAGCUCAUCUAGAAGCUCUUGAGAUGUUAUCCAAUCAGAGUGAAACCAAGGUCCAAUCAUCUAUCUCCAUAGUAACGGAUGAUAGGUUAGAUGACCUGAAGACUGAACUCUUAGAGGUCAGGGAUGCAUUCCAGCUAGAGGAUCUAGAUGCAGUGGAUGAAGAAACUGCUAGUGAUCAGGACUUUGUAAAUGUCAUCACUGAGCUACUAUUCAGUCUAAGCAUGGCUGCAACUCCAGACAAGUUACAGAGGGUUCAGAAGGAGACAAGAGAUUGGUUGACAGCUCAUGCAUCACAACAAAAUGAAGAUGGUGAUAAAGAGAACAAGAACACGAUAGAUAUCAAGGAUAUUCAUGCUAAGGCAAUGCAGACCCUUGCAGAGCUUACAGCUAGGACGAUUGAACAGUUCCACAAAGUAUCAGAACUUAUGCUGCUAGGUCAGGAGACAGAACAAGCCAAAGCAAAGAGUCCAGUGGAAAGAGCUACCACAUUAUCAAAGCUAGCUAGUAUUCUGUCUGCGGAGGUCAGCUCUGUUGCGACCAAAUUCUGUGAGCUGUUGAGUUCCUUGGGUGAUCAGGGCUCAGAGGAAGUCAAUACCAUCAUUACAAACAUCUAUCUAGAGGCUUCUAACAGCACGUCAUACAUCCAGGAUGCAUUCCAGCUUCUCCUACCAAUCCUACAAGACAUUGUGGUGAUGACAAAGAACUCAGAAGAUGAGAUGACAUAGUGUACAUAGUCUACACCAAACUUUCUUAUAUAAGUUCAAUUCAAAGAGACAACACCCACACAAACAGACUGAAAUAUUAUGACUGUUAUCCCUCUAUGAAGAACAGUGUGGACAAAUAUUUGGCAGUCAAACCUGUUUCUUUGCCACGAAUAGCCAGGGAAUAUAUGAUGAAGUCAUUCUUUUGUGUGGAGGGCACACAGUCUUCUUAUGGUUUUAAUUCAAAGGAAGAACUUAGGAAUAGACUGCAAUGUCACAACUGUUAUCCCUUGAUUAAGAUCAGUAUGGAAAAUACUUGGCUUAGAUGCCAGGGUAUCUAUGAUGAAGUCCAUAUUGUGUGUAGCAGCAUGUUCUCUGUUCCAUUCAGUGGAAUGUUAUCAGUGCAUAGGUAGUACGAUCAAGACAUUGCUUUUAGCUGCAUACGAGAUUGUCUCAAGAUAAUUUCACAAUCUACAACUCUGAUAUUUACCUGUAAGUCAUGUCCCCAAUGCUUCCUGAAUAUUUGAGUCACUGAACUUGCCAAGUUACCUCUCGGUGAACUUGACUCUUAUUCCUUAGUCAUCAUUGAUGAGAUUGUCAUAUAUGCUAAUGUUUUUAUGAGUUUUAUGUAUGGGGUCUGUUCCCACUUCUUUAGAUAUUUGGGGAGAUAUUGUAUUUUAAGACAUUGAAAUGAGUGAAAUGGUUAAUUAAAUAUUUAUGUGAAACAUAUGAAGUAAAAUCUAUAUAUUCAUCAAAAUGCUGAAGGAGUAUGACUUUCUUAGUGAAAUAUGUGCUAUUAUAAUAAAUGAAGGCAAUAUUGUUAAAAAAGUAAAUGUUUUUGUUCCGGUUCAUGUAAUUGUCACCUUCAUAAUCAUCCUGCCAUCCUUGUCACUAAUAUUUCAUCAACAUCAUCAUCACCAUCAUCAACAACAUCAUCAACAUCAUCAUCACCAUUUCAUCAUCAUAUCAUCAUCUUAGCUACUGUGAUAAUGAUUUUCAUUCAUUUCCGAUUCAAUCCUUGUUUAUUUAUGAAAGCAUUUGAUCUUAAAGUAGCUCCUUUUGUGUUAACAUUGACAUUUCCAAUAGUGUAUUGUUGUAUCUGAGAUGUACAACAUUUUAUUCUUCUUUUAUCUCUGUUAAUAUUUUCCUUAUGCUUGAACAAUUUUUCCGUUCAAUUUCCAUUAGAAAUAUUUUUUCCAUGUUUCUCUAUUAGUCUAGAUUUCUAUUACAUUUGAAUAUUCUAAAACUAUAUUAAAAAUUUAAUUGAUAAAGAAAAUAUAUAAAGCUGUACCUCUAUGAUAUAGUAAUUUUCAAUUAUCCAUUAUUUCAUUGCCAUCUAAAAAUUCUACCCUCAAUUAUAUGUAAAUGUUAACUCAGUGUAUUGAUUGUAGAUAUCAUUGUAGUCAUUAAAGGAGAAUGAAACCUUUGGAAGAAGAUAGCUUGUGUGAAAACAGAACAAUCUAAGAAACAGAUCAACGAAAGUUUGAGAAAAAUCGGUCAAAUAAUGAGAAAGUUAUGAGCAUUUGAAUAUUGCGAUCACUAAUGCUAUGGAGAUCCUCACAUUGGCAAUGCGACAAAUAUGUGUGAUGUCACUUGUGAACAACUCUCUUCAUUACUUUAGUAUAUAUUUCACUUAAACUGCCUCUUUUAUCACAUCUAUUGGUAGAUCAUGUGUUCUUUCUAUAGGAGGACAUGUAAUACAGAUUUUCAAAGAAUACAUCAUGGAUAAAGAGUUUGUAUCACCAUAAGAAAAAGCAAUAAGAGACAUUUUUGGGGUAUUUUUUAGUCCAUCAAAGGAAAAGUUGUUCACAUGUGACAUCACACAUCCUUUUCGCAUUGCCAAUGGGAGGAUCUCCAUAGCAUUAGUGAUUGCAAUAUUCAAAUGCUCAUAACUUUCUCAUUAUUUGUCCGAUUUUUCUCAAACUUUCUUUGUUCUUAUUCUUUGAAUUUUCUGUUUCGACAGAAGCCUACUUGUUCCAAAGGUUUCAUUUCCCUUUAAGUACAGGUAGUAUUUUUUUAAAUCCCUUUGUAGUGCUAAUACAACUAUUAGGAUUAUGUGGAAUAUUUAAGAUUUUUUUCAGUAUGUUAUUUACGAUCAAUAUUAUGUAUGAAUUGUUUCAAUACAUUUAGGGACAGGGAAUGUCAUGGCAGCGCAUGAGUUGCAUAGAUUUAGGCCGAUCAUGUGGCUUCGGAGGAUGAAUCUUUAAUUCACUUCUACAUUGAUUAUAGGAUUUUGUGGGGCUACCAUGGGUAAUAUGUAUUGCAUGUGUAUUCAAUGUGGCAGUAUCCUAUGUGAAGCAAAGCUCUCUGUACGUAAUAAUCAUGAUUAAAACAAGCUCCAGUAUACUUUUGGUAAAGAUUUAAUAAUCCAUCAUUUUGGACUCUUCAUCUUAUGAAACAUUCAUCAUCUUCACAAAAAAAGUAGUUCUCUUUGCACUGUUAUAGGCUUAUCUUUGAAAUUUUGAAAUUAGUUGAUUCCUACAUUUACCAAAACUAUACUGAAGCUUUAAAUGCACAAAAGCGAGAUAAUAUCAUUAAUUCAAUUUUAAUACACAUUAUUUAUUAUUCAUUCUCUUGUAAUUAUCUUCAAAGGCAUUAUGUAACACAUCCAAUCAGCCUAUUGAAAAUACUUGUUAAGCAAAUGAAAUGUUUACAAAAUAUAGUCUUCACUUGAAAUGUAUCAUGAUUAAUGCAGCAAAAUUAACAGUAUUUAUGCGAUCUGCAAAAAUCACCUAAAAUGUAAAAUUUCAAUUAUGCUAUUUUAGAAAACCAAGAAGCACAGCACUAUCCUAUAAUGCUUGAAUGUUUUCAUUUGUGGUCUCUACCCAUUAUAUUUUUAUGCUAUUACAAUUUAUUUGACAUUCUCAAUUACAAAAAAAUAAAUGUUAUGACAUAGAGUACAUUCCUUUUUGUAUCUUUCUUUUAGUGACAUUGAUUAGAAAUGCUUUAGCACUGCCUAGAUUUGUAAUUCAAUAAACAAGUAGAGUUGAAUUUAUCAUCUGUAAGUGAAGUUUUAUCCAUCUUGUAAAAAGGAAUUUUUCAGCAUUCAAGUCCCUUAGUAGUAUGAACAAUUUUAUUUGAAGGUCAACUUUGCCUUUUGGCAAAGCUCCACUGUGUGUUUUUAAAACAUUACACUGCAAUUAACAGCUGACAAAGGCAACAUAGUUACUCACAAGCUGUCAAUGCUGUUCAUAGCCCAUGAGUGUAGUCUUUCCACAGCAGACCAUAUACAGAGGGAGACCUUGUCAAAAGGCUUAGUCCCAUUACGCUGAUUGUCACAUGAUCAAGUUUAUACAGAAGAACUGUACAAAACGGUGAUGUUUAUUCACAUACUAUACACGUUCCUGUUAACAUGGACAUGUAUGUAAAUCACUGUUUAAGGUUGUAGCUCUUUACUGAAGAAAGAAACAUAAUUAUUUGUAUAUGAA